GUCUGUCUCACUUAGUAGCAGCAUCAUUUACAGAAGAUAGAUUUGGAGUUGUCCAGACUACACUACCAGCUAUCCUUAAUACUUUGUUGACACUGCAAGAGGCGGUUGACAAGUACUUCAAGCUUCCUCAUGCUUCCAGUAAACCACCUCGGAUUUCAGGAAGCCUUGUAGACACUUCUUAUAAAACAUUAAGAUUUGCAUUUAGAGCAUCACUGAAAACUGCCAUCUAUCGAAUAACUACUACAUUUGGUGAACAUCUGAACGCUGUGCAAGCAUCUGCAGAACAUCAGAAAAGACUUCAACAGUUCUUGGAGUUCAAAGAAUAGUUAAGUAAUAUAAACUGUGUUCAUUACACUGCUGAUACAACUACAGAUGGGACAGUAAAUGUUCAGCAUUCUUGGAUCAGAAGAAAAUGGACUAAUUAGAUGCUUCCUUUGUCGUGGUGGUUGCUUUGAAAACUAUACUUUAAUGGAAGAAAUCAUGGAAAGAAAUUCUCAACAGAAUAACCAAAAACUGCCUUUUCUAUACUGAUUGCUUUUUGUGUGUGUGGUAUAACAGAAUCUUUAUUCAAUUUUACAGAAGCAUGUAUAGCAGUAGAAAUGUCUCCAGCUCAUAUAACUUAAUAAUAACAACUCAAAAAUUUUUAGAAUUUACUUUUGAGAAGAGUGGAGCCAGUUCAGAAGUUAAAAUAGUUUGGCUUGAUACAGUCUGCUAAUCAUUCUAAGAGUUUACUUUCUGUAAACUCGAAAUGCAUAAACUUUUUUAGAGUAGUUUUUGUUUACUGAGGGAUAAAAAUGGUAACAGUGGAGAAAAAUUCACAGAAAAAAUAUUGUCUAAAGGACAUAUUUUGCUAAUCUGCUAGGUUGUGUUUUUGUUUCCAGGGACAAAUUAAAUUUGCAUGAUUGUCCAAAAAAAAGUCUCAAUUUACAGAUGCUAACUCUAUAAAGGAAUGUGGAAAAAUUCAGUUCUUAAGUUGCAAGAUUAAACAUUCACCUUUGGUUUUUGAAAAA